GCGGGGCCGGGUUCGGGCGGCGGCCGGCGGGGCUAGGGCGGCUCAGUGCGAGCCGGGUAGGGUCGAACCCGGAGCAGGGUCCCACCCGAGCGUGGACUGGCGGCAGGAUGUUCAGCUGGAUGGGGCGGCAGGCGGGCGGGCGCGAACGCGCGGGCGGCGCUGACGCGGUGCAGACGGUGACGGGCGGGCUACGCUCGCUCUACCUGCGCAAGGUGCUGCCGUUGGAGGAGGCGUACCGCUUCCACGAAUUCCACUCGCCUGCGCUGGAGGACGCCGACUUCGAGAACAAGCCCAUGAUCCUGCUGGUGGGCCAGUACAGCACCGGCAAGACCACCUUCAUCAGAUACCUACUGGAGCAGGAUUUCCCAGGCAUGAGGAUUGGUCCGGAGCCCACCACGGACUCCUUCAUCGCCGUGAUGUAUGGAGAGACUGAGGGCAGCACCCCAGGGAAUGCUUUAGUCGUGGACCCCAAAAAGCCAUUUAGAAAGCUCAGUCGCUUUGGAAAUGCUUUCCUGAAUCGAUUCAUGUGCUCACAGCUGCCCAAUCAGGUCCUGAAGAGCAUCAGCAUCAUCGACAGCCCUGGCAUCCUUUCUGGGGAGAAGCAGCGUAUCAGCCGAGGCUAUGACUUCUGCCAGGUCCUGCAGUGGUUUGCCGAGAGGGUGGACAGGAUCAUCCUGCUCUUUGACGCUCACAAGCUGGACAUCUCAGAUGAAUUCUCAGAGGCCAUCAAGGCCUUCCGGGGCCAGGACGACAAGAUCCGUGUAGUGCUAAACAAGGCCGACCAAGUGGACACGCAGCAGCUGAUGCGGGUCUACGGGGCCCUCAUGUGGUCCCUGGGCAAGGUCAUCAACACGCCAGAGGUGCUGCGCGUCUACAUUGGCUCCUUCUGGGCGCAGCCCCUGCAGAACACAGACAACCGCCGGCUCUUUGAGGCCGAGGCCCAGGACCUCUUCAGAGACAUCCAGAGCCUCCCCCAGAAGGCAGCGGUGCGCAAACUCAAUGACCUCAUCAAGCGAGCGAGGCUGGCCAAGGUGCAUGCCUACAUCAUCAGCUACCUGAAGAAGGAGAUGCCAAGUGUAUUUGGAAAGGAAAACAAGAAGAGAGAGCUUAUCAGCAGGCUACCGGAAAUCUACAUUCAGCUACAGCGAGAAUACCAGAUUUCUGCAGGGGACUUCCCCGAGGUCAAGGCUAUGCAGGAACAGCUUGAGAACUACGACUUCACCAAAUUCCACUCGCUGAAGCCCAAGCUGAUCGAGGCAGUGGACAACAUGCUGAGCAACAAGAUCUCGCCCCUCAUGAACCUCAUCAGCCAGGAGGAGAUAAGCACGCCCACGCAGCUGGUGCAGGGCGGCGCCUUCGACGGCACCACCGAGGGCCCCUUCAACCAGGGCUACGGGGAGGGCGCCAAGGAGGGCGCCGACGAGGAGGAGUGGGUCGUGGCCAAAGACAAGCCCGUCUACGACGAGCUUUUCUACACUCUGUCGCCCAUCAAUGGCAAGAUAUCGGGUGUCAACGCCAAGAAGGAGAUGGUGACCUCCAAGCUGCCCAACAGCGUCCUGGGCAAGAUCUGGAAGCUGGCCGACUGCGACUGCGAUGGCAUGCUGGACGAGGAGGAGUUCGCGCUGGCCAAGCACCUCAUCAAGAUCAAGCUCGACGGCUACGAGCUGCCCAGCAGCCUGCCCCCCCACCUCGUGCCACCCUCGCACAGGAAGUCCCUGCCCAAGGCCGACUGAGGGGCGGGCCGCAGAACGGGGCGGGAACUGGAGGACCUGGGCCUCAGGCCUGCUCCGCCACUGACUCACCGAAGGACCUUGGGCAAGGCACUGCCCGCUCUAUGCCUCGGUUUCCCCAUCUGUAGAAUGGGGAGGGUGGACACUGGAAACUAGAUGACUUCUUUCACCUCCAAAAUUCCCUUCAUUUCUAUGAAAAUAUUGGGGGUAGGAGGGUGGAUUAGGAGACUGAUUGGUUGAGAAGAAAAAGAAAUUGUCCAAAGAGUCCUCAGAAUCUGCCUGGAGCACGCAUGGGGAUGGGCCUGGUGCGUCGCAGGAACCACAGGAAGUGAGCCAGGGCUCACACGGAGCAGCUGGGUCUUCAGGCUGCCUGGGCUGUUUGUUCUCAUGAAUGACUCUGGAGCAGCUGUCUGUCCGUCAGGGGCACCAGGAGGCAGCAAAGGUUACCUUAUUUAUUUUAUUUUGUUUUCUGCUACAUUUAGAGUGGCAAAAAACAGAACAGAGGGUUUCUGCUGUCUCCAGACUGUCUACCAAAGAGAAGGCGACAGAUGCCUCCUAGGCUUGGAAGGGGGAUGCACUGUGGAUCCCCCAUCCAUUCUGCAGUCUCCAGCAGAGCAGGCAGCCAGGCCCCGGCGUGCGUCCGUCCCAGUGCCCUGAUGACCACCUGGUCAGCCCUCCCAGCCUCCCCUCCAGGGGGCUUUCCAGCAAAGCCACAUUCGGCUAGGAAUUUGGAACUCACAAUCUUUAUUAACCCCUGACAAAACUUCCCGUUUGCACGUCAAAUCACACUGAAGCCGGAAGAUGAGCUUUUCUUACUAGUUUUUCCAAUAAGUAAUCACAAAACCCACUUAUCAUACUUAAACUACAGUAAGGAAAAGAGGUGGUUCUCUGCAGUGAUUGUUUAGUGUAGCCCUCAACCAGUAAAUGUCCCCAAGUCUCCUUGGUGGGUGGCAGGAUUUAAAUUCAGCCAAAUCCUGUCCUAGUGUGUGCAGUGUCCUCGGCCCUGUGGACACAGGUGAAUGAAGGACCAGCCCUGCCCUGGGCUAUUGAGAAGAGAUCAGUCCACCCAGAGUUAGACAUUGUUUUUAUAGAAAACAGGCAUUUAUUAUGUUUAGGGUUUUUUUUUUUUUUUUUUUCCUUACUGGAUAAAAGCCCUUUAUACAGAAACAGAAUCCUUUCAUAUAAAAGCUUUUCUUUAAAGGCUGUGUGGUUCGUAUCACGAAUGCCCGUCAUGAGGCAGGAUUCGGGCACAUACCUGUAUUUUGGCCCCAGAGUGUGCUCUCCGCACAUCCCCUGAGUAGACCUCUCUGGACCGCUGCUCAGUCAACUACGUCAGGUGGAGGUGCCUCCCCCUCCGUGGGCACCAGCUUGGGGAGGUAGGUGCCAUCCACCAUUAUUUAUGCAGGAAGAGACACAAAACAGCAAUGGCCACAUGGUAUGGGGCUCUGCUGGCACCAGAAGUGAAUGAAAUCAGAACCGUCCCACUGAGUCUUCCAAAAGUCACAUAAUUUUUUUUUUUCUGUCACCUGCCUUUGGUGACAGGGUCAAAGGCACAGAUUGAAGAGAGAAUCUUGAUUUGGGAGAAGCAUUUAUAUCGAGAUGCCCACCCUCACACUCCCUAGCUUACUUUCUACAUAAUUUAGUUUUAAGAGAAGGAAAUGCAUAACGUGGUUUUUAGUCUUAACAAGCACUUAAAUUUGUUAGAUGCAUAGAAAAGAACCAUUUAUCAUUUUAUUAUUUUUAUUUUUAUUUUGAGACAGAGUCUCACUCUGUCACCAGGCUGGAGUGCAGUGGCACGAUCUCGGUUCACUGCAGCCUCCGCCUCCCAGGUUCAAGCGAUUCCCCUGUCUCAGCCUCCCAAGUAGCUGGGAAAACAGGCACGUGCCACCAUGCGUAGCUAAUUUUUGUAUUUUAGUAGAGACAGGUUUUUACCAUGUUGGUCAAUAUGGUCUCGAUCUCCUGACCGCGUGCGUGAUCCACCGGCCUCAGCCUCCCAAAGUGCUGUAAUCUAAGCAAACAGUUCUGUAAAUGCGUGGACUACCUGAAGUCUGCAACCACAGUGGAGGUCACCAAAGGGUAAACUGAGGAAGGGAAGAGGGAAUUCACUUGACCAAAGGCUUAGCGAUGCCCAGGCAAGCUGAUUUUUCCAUCCAGAAUUAUCUUGUUCUUUAACUCUGCUCAAUUGUCAUAUAUAAACAUGAAUUUAUAUACAUGUAUGUCACAUGAGUAUGUCGUUUUAAAACAAUGUGUACGUAUGUAAGUUUUGUCUGGAUACGGAAAGCUUCUUUAGAGGGCAGCAGGUUGAGGGCUCCGAUUUCUCCGUGGAGAGAAGCCUCUCAGGCACUGUGAUCUCCCUACCUCUGCGCCCUCAGGUGGGCGAGACGUCAGGCAGGGGGGUCCUUUCCCUGCUGGCACCUGGUAAUGUUCUUGGAGAGAAAGAAAAAAAAAGGGGGGAAAUCAUGUGGCCACUUUUCUUAAUAUCCUCUUACAUGAAGUCGCUCAUCAUGAAAAGUUGACUGGAAAAGAAAACACUAGAAAAUAUUAGGGAUGGUGACCAAGUGAGGACUUGUAUCUUCCCAGGACCAGUACAAAGUUCUGUGAAUGUGUCCACACCACCAGCGGUCUCCCCACCCCACACGGCAGGGCGGCAGGGCCGACCCUGGGGCCUGCUCCCCGCCACUGUUGCCCUUCCUGCACCACCCCAAUUUUCAAAGAACCCCUUCCCCAGAGUGUUUAUGUAUAGGAGGGAGGGUGGAAGUUCCUAAACUCUAGAACUACAACAUCUAAGAAGCUGAGGCCCUGUUUUCUACACAGCAUAUGGUAUCGCAUAACACAAGCCUUCUGGUCUUGAGUUUAAAGGGAAAAUGUAAACUCCAGCCUAUUGCUCCCACAGUCUGCUUCCAGGUUGUCAGCCUGCCAGUGAGGGUCUCCUGACCCCGUUUGUAAAGAAACACUGCACUAAGACUUGGGAAUCUCCCCAGCUCCCAGGGAGGGGCAGCACACAACAGCCUUCCACUGCUGCUUCUACCUCCUGCACCGGCCCAGCAGCAUCUGUCGGUUCUUUUCCGAACUCACCGCACCUGGAUGGCCUGCGGGCAGGGUCGCUGUUUGCGGGGAGGGUCAUUCUUUCAGUUGGCUUUUGGUUUCAUUUCUCCAGGGCUGGACCUGGUUCUCUUUUGAACACUUGUCAUGAUGUGGCAAGAGAGUCUUUGCAUUUGGGGCUGUGGUUCACCCGCGGGAGUCACAGCUGCGGCCUGGACCUUUCCGCCUCGCACCCUCGCUCACCCUCCUGCAUUGUGCCUGGAGGAUGCCUGAGACGAUUGCCUUCAAGAUGAGGAAAGCGUCUCACUGUUUAUUUCCUCCAUGGGAUGUAGCAGGCGAGCAUGCUUAGGACAGAAAACCACUGAGUUUACUCAGGUAAAUGCGGGCCUAUUACAAGAGUGUAUUGGGUUCCAAUGCUGGUUAACCAAUGCAGUUAAUACAUGAUGCUUCCAUUGUUUUUCUUUUUGUAAUCUUACUUAGAAGUUUCAAACAAAAAGACACAGUCUGCUGAUCAAUACACGUGGAGCUGCCUCUCCCACUGGCUCAUUUUCCAGUGGCUGCGUGCUGGCCUCGGAGCAGAGUGUGGAUCCCUGGAUCCAGGUUGAACUGGGGGAGAGGAGUUAGGGAGAGGGUGUGCCCGCGACCCCCAACUCUUCCUGUGGAGAGAAACCCAAAAUGUGGGUUUCUCAUUUUGAAGGAGAAGGAAAGCAGCCCCGUCGGGCGGGGGCAGAAGAGGGUAGGCAGCAGAGGCCAGGUCUGCAGACAAAAGCCCCACCUCAGAGUGGUUGGAAGCCAGGACAGCGGGGACUCGUGGAGGCGGCCGCUUCACAGGAGUCCUUUCUCCAGUCGUGCUAGGGAGGAGCCCCCUGCCUGGCCAGCACUGCCCCUGCCUCUUGCCGCACCUCGCCAGUGUGCCCUCCGCCCGCCCACCACCGUAGUAGGCAUCUGGCUUUUCCCACCAAGCCAUCUACCUUUUUGGUGGUCCAGACCUAGAGUCCCGGCAGAGUACCCCUCCUCCCACCCUCACUUCAAGUGAGGUUUGGAUGAAAUAAACCACAUCCCCCUGGUCACAAAUACUGGUUCGGGAGUAGACGUGUGGGCCUGUUCAAGCUGAUGAGAGCCAGGACCCCCAGACUUCUGUGACAACUCUCGGGAGAGAGACUGUCUCUUCUCUGAACCUUGCAGUAUAUAGAAAUGAGCCUAUUGAUGCAACAAUAUAAAUGGCAUUGAGAGGGGUGUCCAGAGCUGCUGGGGUCAGGGUAGGGAGGUCAGCCUGGCAGAAGCCACCUUGUGGAACAUGAAAAUGAAAGAGACCUUGAGAAAGGCCAGAGGAAUCCAGGCCUGUGGUGACAUUUGAGCUGCUGGAUCAAACUUCACCUGAAGUCCUACUCCGACUAGAUUUUAUUUUUUCCACUGUGUGGGCCAAUGCAUUCCCUUUAUACUGUUUAAGCCAGGCAUGGUGGCUCACACCUAUAAUCCCAGCAACUCGGGAGGCUGAAAUGGGAAGAUCGUUGAGGCCAGGAGUUCAAGACCAGCCUGGGCAACAUAAGAAAACCCUGUCUCUAAAAAAGAAUUAAAUAUAGAUAAAUAAAUAAUAAAAAUAUAUUGUUUAAACCA